CUUCUUUUUUUCUUCUUCUUCCUGAAGAAUUAUCUGAAGCAUCGAGAGGUUAUGUGGUGCUAAGGCUCAAGCAUCAAAAAGGGGUAGAUCGUCUUUAAGGGUUUUCAAUCAUGGGAAAGGAGAAUGCUGUUUCUGGCAACACCAUACGGCUCCAUGGUCGCCCUGUAACUCGUGCUCUUGCCUCUGCCUUGCGUGCUUCUUCUAAGCUGAUUACAUCUUCAGAAGUGGCUGCUAUAUCACAUAACCAGGGACGGGUUCUGAGAGUAAAGUCUAAACGAUCAGCCUUGGAUGAGAAGAAAGCCAAUGCACCUAAGAAGCGAGCUGUUCUCAAGGACAUUACUAAUGUUACCUGCGAGAAUUCUUACACAAGUUGCUUCAAUGUUGCGGUGGACAAUAUUAAGCAGGUAAAGAAGGGACGAGCGAGUUCUUCCAAGGUGGCAUCUUCUUCGGCUACUUCACAAGUUACAGAUGAAAAGGUAGAAGUUGUGGCAAAUUCAGCAGGAGGAAGCUUGUCGGAUUGUACAGGCACGAGCUUGGGUACAAACGAAGCAUCUUAUAGCUUUAUCGCAAAGCCGAGUUCAAGAUUGCCUCCAAGACCCCUUGGGACAGUUGAAAGAAGUUGUGUUGGAGCAAGUUCCAGUGUCGCAAGUAUCCCAAAGUUCGUUGACAUUGAUUUAGAUGACAAGGAUCCUCUACUCUGUAGCCUUUAUGCACCUGAUAUCUACUAUAACCUGCGUGUUGCUGAGCUUAAACGCAGACCAUUUCCUGAUUUUAUGGAAAGGACUCAAAGAGAUGUGACUCAGACAAUGCGGGGAAUUCUGGUUGAUUGGCUUGUAGAGGUAUCAGAGGAAUACACACUUGUACCUGACACUCUCUACCUAACAGUGUAUUUGAUAGACUGGUUUCUCCAUGGAAACUACGUGGAAAGACAGAGACUUCAAUUGCUUGGCAUCACUUGUAUGCUCAUUGCUUCAAAAUAUGAGGAAAUAUGUGCGCCACGGAUUGAGGAGUUCUGCUUCAUCACGGAUAACACUUACACAAGAGAUCAGGUCCUGGAAAUGGAGAGCCAAGUACUCAAGCAUUUUAGCUUUCAAAUUUACACUCCCACUUCAAAGACAUUCCUUAGGAGAUUUCUUCGAGCAGCUCAAGCUUCAUACCCGAGCCCAAGUCUGGAAAUGGAAUAUCUGGCGAAUUACCUAACGGAAUUGACGUUAAAAGACUAUCCUUUCUUGAAGUUCCUUCCAUCGGUGAUCGCUGCUUCGGCUGUUUUUCUUGCCAAGUGGACAUUGAACCAAUCAAGCCACCCUUGGAAUCCAACUCUUGAGCAUUACACAACGUACAAAGCGUCCGAUCUAAAAGAAUCAGUGCACGCCUUGCAAGAUCUACAGCUUAACACCAAAGGAUGCCCCUUAAACUCUAUACGCAUGAAGUAUAGACAAGACAAGUACAAAUCGGUGGCGGUAUUCAGUUCUGCGAAGCUACCUGAGAAGCUAUUCAUCUCCUAACAUAAGAGAUAGCUGUAACAACAAACAACAUUUGUGAUCGUCCCGAGUCAAAUAAAAAAACAGUGCCUUUCUUUCCACGGUCUUAUCAUACCAAGUAACCGGACUACCUACUAGUUAGAGUUCGGUUAUCUUCCGGUUUAGUUUUAGACCUGUUUGGUUCUUCCAAACCUGAUUUGUACUGAUCGGUAGGAAACACGAGUUUUUUCUUUUAAA